AUGGAGGCUGCUAAAAGGCGAGGAGGAGGAGGAGGAGCAGCAGCAGCAGGAGAUGGAGGCGGCUUCGGAGAGGCCGGGGGUUGCGGGUGCAAGGGGAUCCGCUCUUGCCUGCUCUGCGAGGCCGCCCCGCCCCCGCAGAAAACUGCAAACUUUGUUUACUGCCCACUGACCGGCUUCGCUGUGGGAGAGAAACAAUCAGAAUUUGAAGGCUGGGCUUUCCAGUUUCCAGGAGUUUUUUUGCUGGAAGACUUUAUAAACACAAAUGAGGAAUAUCAAAUGGUGGAGCUAAUGGAUCGGAGCACAUGGAAGCCAUCACAAUCUGGCCGAAGAAAACAGGUCUUGUCUCAAAGUUUGAAUUCCUCCUUAGUUUGGGAGGACUACGGCCCCAAAGUGAACUUCAAGAAGCAGAAAUUGAAAGCUGGCAAUUUUUCUGGAUUGCCCAGCUUCAGCAAGGAGAUCGUGGCACGAAUGAGAAAAUAUCCAGUUCUUGAAAGUUUUUCUCCUGUUGAGCAGUGCAAUUUAGAUUAUGCUCCUGAGAGGGGAUCUGCUAUUGACCCACAUUGGGAUGACUGGUGGCUAUGGGGAGAAAGGCUGGUGAGUUUAAACUUGCUCUCAGAUACCGUACUUUCCAUGUCCUGCGACUCAGAGGACAAUCUCCAGUUAUUUCCUCUAGUUCUUCACGAAAACAAGCAGAGGCACAGGUCUAAAUCUCCUGAUGUUUCUCAAGAGUAUCAGAUUAAUGAUUGCCGUCUUCUAGAAAGACUAGAAAGCACUGAUUGUUCAUCCACAAAAUUAGUCCCACUCAGAGAAAUCCUGGUUGCGAUUUACCUACCUCAGAGAUCACUCGUCGUUCUCAGCGGACCUGCUCGCUACCAGUGGAAGCAUGCCAUUUAUCGCAACCAUAUUAAAAGCCGUCGCGUAUGUGUCACCUUCAGAGAAUUGACUGCCGAGUUUGGUCUCGGAGGAGAACAGGAAGAGCUGGGUAACAAUCUCUUGGACAUUGCUCUAACAUUCAAGGGUUCACCUGUAUAAACCCCCCGAGGGGAAAGCAUUGAGGCUUUUCUUUGGCUGCUGGAUAUUAACGUUCAGGGCUUUCAUAAACCUGCUGCCUUUUUUUCCUCCCCAGAGUGAAGGUAUACAUCAUUCAUUAAUCUUACAAGGGUGCUUCUCAGAGUUAUGUUCUAGAAAUCUUACUAAAUUUUUUAAUCUACACUGUGGCUCUCCAGAUGUUACUGAAUUUAAUUAAUUUAUGUUAACAGUGAAGAGAAUACAUGCCUCUUCUUUGGAAUCAGAAGAUUUCCUUUGAAAGUCUGCUUGCAGCGCAUGGUCUGUGGCUUGUGUGUCAAAGUUGUGGUACAGGACCCACAAUCCUCAUCCUUAGCUGACUAACUGGGGCUGUUGAGAGUUGUAAUUGAUCAUCUGGAGGGCCAUAGCUUAUAUGGUCAGAUGUAUUAAUUAAAAGUGUUAAAUUUCUUAUCCCUAACCCUGUUAAAAUUAUUAGUUUUAAGGGUGGGUAUACAUUCAUUUCUCUCUUUAUUUAACUCAAACUCAAACUUUAAUAUAAGAGAAAUAAAUUAAAAACAGAGUUUUUAAUCCUUCUCACAAUUAUGGCAUUUGUCCAAAGAUGUCAUCCUUGAUAUAGUCCAAUAAAAUAUCUAUUAAUCAUUAUUUAUCAUCAAGAUGAUGAUCAGUAUCUAAACUGAUUUUUAAAGACUGGUGAAUUCACAUAUGCAUAAAUACCAGAGCAUUCAUUUUUUAUCUUUACCUUCCAAUCUCUAUAUUAGAGAUCCUUGUAUAGAUUUAUUUAAAAAGAAAUUUAAAAAUCAUGAUUAGAAAAUGGAGGGGAAAAAAGCUGAACAAAGAAAUAAAACCACAAAUAUAUAUUUUUUGUGUUCUUCAAGUUCUACUGACUGCCUGGACUAGUCACUGCAGUUUUCUUGGCAAGAUUUUUGAAAGAGUUUCCCAUUGCCUUCUUCUUAGGGCUGAAAGUGAGUGACUGGCUCAGGUUAUCCAGCUGGCUUUGUACCAGCAGGAAAAGAACUGUUUCCUAGUUUCUAAUUUGCUGCCUUAACCACUAUAGCAGAGUUCCCAACCCCCGAGCCGUAGCCCAUUACCGCGCCUCGGCCCGUUCAGAAUUGGGCUGCACGAGUGGGUGGGCACUUGCAUUCAUGUACUAAGCUUAAUUUGUGUGAGUGGUAGGCAUGGUGCCUAUCGUUUGCACAGAUGGAACUGCGCACAUUCAUGUGCAUGCCUGCUACUCACACAGAACCAUCCCCUUUGCUCUGCCCACCAGUCCGCCAAGCUGGAAAGGUUGGGAUCCGCUGCAUACAGUAAACUGGCUCCCAACAAUCCUCAUCCUUUUCUAACUAGUUUUAUAAAUAUGAAUAAAUUGAUGUCACAAUUCAUUAAUGUCUUCCGUAGCUGAUCUUAAUUGUAAAUCCAUUUUCUUUGUCCAAAAAUAAAAAAUGAAGCAAUUUCAUUUCCAUGGUGGCGCAGUGGUUAGAAUGCAGUAUUGCAGGCUAAUUCUGCUGACUGUGAGGAGUUCAAUCCUUACCGACUCAAGGUUGACUCAGUCUUCCAUUCUUCCAAGGACUCAGAUUGGAAAUUGUAAAUUGCUUAGAGAGUGCUGUAAAGCACUGAAGUGCUGGUAAAUACGUGCGGUUGCUACUGCUAUUCCCAACAAUAUAAAUGCAAUGAAAAUAUUGUUUUUUGUGGAAAAGGUUGUAAUCUAAAAAUCUGCUGAAGUUUUUUUAAAUCCUUGUUUUAAUUAGUUAAACAUGCAGGCAAAACAAAGAUACAUACAUGCAUAUAUUGUAUGACCACAAUUGAACCCAAAAUUUCUGUUGAUAAGCAAGGCAAUGGUUAAGUGAAUUUUGCCUCAUUCUGUGACCUUCCUUGCCACAUUUGUUAAGGGAAUCACUACAUUGUUGAGUUAGUAACAUGGUUAUUAAAUGGACACUGGCUUCUCCAUUGACCUUACUUGUCAGAAGGUUUCAAAAAGUGAUUGCAUGAUCCUGACACAUUGCAAUAUGCUGGGUGCCAAGUGUCCGAAUUUUGAUCGUGUGAGGAUGCUGCAACAGUCACAGGUGUGAAAAAUGGUCAUAACUCAACUUUUUUCAGUGUAACUUUGUAACUUUGAAUGGUCACUAAAGAAAGGGUUGUAAAUUGAGAACUACCUGUGUGCAUACUUAAGGUAUUUUGAAUGUGUUUACAGGUAAUCCUCAAGUUACAACCACAAUUCAGCCCAAAAUUUAUGUUGCUAAAUGAGACAAUUGUUAGGUGAAUUUGCCCCAUUUAAUGACUUACUUGCUACAGUUGUUCAGUGAAUCAUUGCAGUUUUGGGUUAGCACCAUAAUUGUUAUAGGAAUCUGGCUUCCCCAUUGAUUCUGCUUGCCAGAAGAUCACAAAAGGUGAUCACAUGACCCUAGAACACUGCAACUGUCAUAAAUAUGAGCCAGUUGCCAAGCGCCCAAAUUCUGAUCACAUGACCAUGGGGAUGCUGCCAACAGUCAUGUGAAAAACAGUCAUAAGUCACUUUUUUCAAUGCUGUUGUAACUUUGAAUGAUAACUAAACAAAUGGUUGUUAAGUCCAGGACUACCUGUAUAUGUGUAUGUACGUCUUAGCUUCAAUUGCUCCAUGAGCUGUUGUAUAUAAGGGAACCAUUCUUGUUUGAAUUUCAUUAGAUUUCUGCUGCAUAAAUGUACUUUUAGUGGCUGCAUAUUCUUCAAUUUUAAACUUCCAAUCUUGUACUGACAGCCAGGUUUCCCCCCCCCCCCCAAUAUUGUGUCAGAUUGAUUUGUUGACUGAUUGACUGUCGAGCUAUAUGUUAAUAAAUUAUGAUACCUUUCA